AUGGCUCCAAAAUUACUUAUUCCAUUUAGUAUAGAAAAAGAGAUUAUCAAAUUAAAACCAAUAAUUGUUAGAGAUCUUUCUGAUAUAAAUUCUUCAUCUCCAGAAGAUAUUUUACAAUUAUCUGAAAGCAGUGACACAAUGUACAAGUUGUUGUUUCUCACGAUCUUUGGUUUAGUGGUGGCUUCACCAAUCACCAAAGAAAAAGAAGAUGUAAGAAUAGUUGGCGGUGAGGAUAUAGACAUCACAGGGGCACCAUAUCAAGUGUCAAUAGUCUACGCUGGUAGACAUUCCUGCGGGGGUUCCAUUAUUGCGGAUGACCUCGUUCUGACCGCUGCACAUUGUGUUACUUCGUGA